CCAAAUGUCAAAGUGAAGAGUUGCAGCUGUAGGGCUUUACUGGAAGUAAAGGGGGAUGGAGAUAUUCUGGACAGAGAGUCAAGAAGGCGUGCUGACAGACAAUUCAUAAGGGACAGAAUAAGCUCCAGAGCAACUGAUUCUUGAUCAUUUUCAUGUUUACUUUUAUUGCGAUUGGACACAAAAGCUGUUCGUGAAAGUGCCACUUUUGGAGGAGUCUGUAAUUCUGCCUUCUUCUCUAUGGAUUGUACUUGCAUUCUCCUUGCCCUACUCUCCACCCUGGCUUCUUUAAGUCCCACUAUGGGGUGUUUCUGUGAUCAUUACCCAUGGAGUACCUGGUCCCAAUGCACUAAAACCUGUGAUUCUGGUACUCAAUCACGUUUAAGGGAUGUCCAGUAUGAUGAUCACUGGUUUAAAAACAGCUGUUCCCAGCUGUGUCAGAUACAUGAUAAUAGAGUGUGUAAUGUUGAGGCCUGCCCUAUAAACUGCCAGCUGACUGAGUUUGGACCCUGGUCCGAGUGUUCAUCUUGUGCCAAAAAAUCAUUCAGAAUCAGGUCUGUGUUGAGGCCAUCUCAGUUCGGAGGGGCCGACUGCAGUCAAUCUCUUAUGGAGGAAAGAGCCUGUCAUCCUUCCAAGGAAUGCGGGAUUGAGCCUUUGAACUGUAAAGACAAGUUCACCUGUGACACUGGAAGAUGUAUACAUGCUGAUCUGCAAUGCAACGAUCAGAACGACUGUGGUGACAACUCUGAUGAGAGAGACUGUGGGCGCAUUAAAAGUGUGUGUUCAAAUCAGCGGAUGUAUGCUUUCGUCCCUGGAGCAGACCAGAUUGGUUUUGGAUUUGAUGCUGCAGCGGAGCAGAUGAGAGGUGCUGUUCUGGACAACUCGUUCAUGGGAAGUAAUUGUACUGUAGAAAAACAAAAGAGGAACUUCUACAGAAUCUCAGCCAACAUUGAAAGAUAUGAAGUCAAGGUCGAAACCCUUGAGGAUUUUCAACCAAAAGAAACCAAAUCCCAAAAAAUCGAUCUGGCCAACGAACCCCUUUACAGGGAAGCAGUGAAAGCAUCUCAACAAAAGGACUCUGUGUUUUACCGCGUGCAUCAAGUUAUUGCAACAUCAACAUUCAAAGUAAAAUCCUCUGACCUCUAUUUAUCAGAUCCGUUCCUUCAGUUUUUAAACAGCCUACCAUUGGAAUACAACUACGCCCUUUACAGGCAUAUAUUCCAGCUGUUUGGAACACAUUAUUUCAGCUCUGGGACAUUAGGAGGGAAGUAUGACCUCCUUUUCCAAUUCGAUCGAGAAGAACUGAAAACCUUUGGGCUUAAAGAAAGCGACUCAGAGUACUGCUUGUCUGAUGAUGACACACUCGUCACAUUUUUUUAUAAUAGACAUAAACAAAGAAACACUUGUGGGAAUAUUUCUAUGAAAACCAAAUAUGAAGGGUCAAUGGUAAAAGCAUCAGAGAGGUGUAUCACAUCUGUACAAGGAGGACGAACUGAAUUUGCAGCAGCACUGGCCUGGGAGAAGAAAGGCGUUUCGCCACAGAGCACUGUAUACACAGACUGGAUCAAGUCUACUAUAGAAAAUCCAGUGGUUAUUAAUUAUGAGCUUUUGCCUUUAGUGAAUUUGGUGCGGGGCAUCUCUUGUGCUGUGACAAAAAGACGGCACUUUCACCGGGCACUGGAGGAGUACCAGACCGAAUUUGACUCCUGCAAAUGUGCCCCCUGUCCGAACAAUGCUCGGCCGGCUCUUUCAGGAACCGAGUGCCUUUGUAUAUGCCAGACUGGAACAUAUGGAUCAAACUGCGAGAAACGAGCACCGGACUACACCUCAGUUGAAGUUGAUGGGCACUGGAGCUGCUGGAGCUCUUGGAGUCCUUGUGAUGCCACCUUGAAGAAGCACCGCUCUCGUACCUGCAGCAACCCUGCCCCACAGCGAGGCGGCAAACCCUGCCCAGGCCUUGAAAAACAGGUGGAGGAAUGUACCAUCUCCAUUUUCCAGGAGCAAAACGUCUGCAUUAAUGAUGAUGCCUUUGUGACUGAAGAUUCCAGUGAGAGUCGGCUGCCUCCUGGAACUUCUGGCUGUGCAAAACCUCUUCCACCAGCCAACAGUCACUUAAGAAUCAACAAGCGCCAGUAUGACUAUGGAGAUCACGAGGAGAUUAUUUGCUUCACUGGAUUUGAGUUGCAGGGAUUCCAGCUCAUUCAUUGUUUGCAGGAUGGUACCUGGGAGAAACCAAAGGCACAGUGUAUUAAAAAGGUUUGCUCCAAACCCUCUGUGCCUGAUGGCAUGACGAUUAAUCCAGACAGAAUGGAGUAUAAAGUAGGAAGUGACAUCAUGCUGGUUUGUUUAGAGAGCGGCACGAGUCCUUCAGGACGCCUGUCUUACUCUUGUGGAAAAAGUCUUAUCUGGGAACCGAGCAUUCCAAAGGACAUAUACUGCAAAAUCGAUAAACCCUAUGUACCAGACAGCAGCUGCAAACCUGGAGAGAUCAAUGAUGGGACUAAAUGUGUUUGCAUGACUAAAGAAAGAUGCAGAGGUUACAGAGAAGACUUGUGCGUUUAUGACGCUGGCAAGGAAACUGCCAUUAUGAUGUCCCUCUGUGCUUUUCAUGCUGACCGUUGUCAUGGAGACAGAUUAUACUUUAUGAAUAAUGGACCGUGCAAAAGUGACGCACGCAGUCUGGACUGGGCCAAAUUCAGGGUCAGUGUAUCUGAGCAGAGCUCGGUGCAGGAGCCCUGCGGUUCAGACACCUGUUACGAGUGGGAGACCUGCUCAGUGUCCAAAACGUGUGAGUGUAAGAUGCCCAGAGAAUGUCCAAAAGACGGGAAGAAAAUAUACUGCCUGAAAAUCGUGAGGACGCAAACCACAAGAAGCAUGAAUCUGUGUUUUAUGGCUGCAAUGAAGUGCAGCAGUAUAGAGUUUGAGCUUCAGCAUGAAGGCCCUUGCGCAGGUUCUUAAUUGUGCACCACUUAAGCUGUAAAAAUGUUCACAGAUUUGCAGCCAUUAUUGAUUCAUAUUGAUAACACAUUGUCAUUUUAAAAUCACUCACAGCAUGCUAUAGUUAUUUGUUUGUGCAUAUGGGCAUUCUUGAUAUUGAUCUGGAACAACACAAUAAAAUAUAAUCGGACAUUCAGAU